CAAACUGCCUUAUUUACACCGCCACUCCCAGCUCACUUCUCUUUCGUCUCUCCCCAUUGGGCAAAUUAUUCCCAAUUUCAAAACCGGGUCAAAAAAUUCAUGACGAAUUACGGCACAAUUCCGACGUCCUCCGGCAGCGGAGGAGCAAACCUCGAGUACAUCACGCGCGCAAAGGAGCGUAUCAAGGAAGGAUUAGGAACUCGCCGGCCAUGGCGGGAGAUGUUCGACUUCCACGCGAUUAAACUCACCACCCACGUCCCCGAGAUCACCGGCCGGAUCAAAGCCAACGCUUCCUACUUCCGGAUGAACUACGCCAUCGUGGUGCUGUUUAUCCUGUUCCUCAGCUUGCUCUGGCACCCGAUCUCGUUAAUCGUGUUCAUAGUCCUGAUGGUGGCUUGGAUUUUCCUCUACUUCUUGAGAGACGAGCCGCUGGUGAUCUUCGGCCGUCUGAUUAGUGAUCGGGUGGUUCUGAUUGUUCUGGCGAUCCUCACCGUCGGUUUGCUCCUGUUGACUCACGCGACGUUUAAUAUUCUGGUUGCGGUCUUGGUUGGGGUUGUGGUGGUUCUGAUUCACGCGGCUUUGAGGAAGACGGAUGAUUUGGCCUUGGAUGAAGAAGCUGGGCUCUUGGGCUCUCAUGGAAGCCCAAGUUCGUCUUAGUAGUACGGCUUCUUCUUUCGUUCUAUUUUUUUUUUUUUCCCACCGUCUUUUGUUCAAUUCUAUUUUGGUGUAAUUUAAUUCCUCAAUUCGUAGAUUGUUUGUUGUACCAUUCUCUUUCGGGUCUAAUUAUUCUUGGGUGAUUGUUUUGAGUCAGAUUGUGAAUGAAAUUAUUUGGGUCAGAGUGUGUGUGUGUGUGUGUGUGUGUGUGAAAUUGUUUACAUUUGUAUUGAAAAUUUAAUUAGUCCCGUUUCCAAAAAUUUUCAAAUGCAUUUUAGUUUUUGGAUGGAUUCCAAAAAUUUUUUUUUCCCCCCAACUCCUCCUCGGUGAGAUUUGCUGAAAGAAUGCUGAUGAUAAUCAGUUGACUUUUAGUUGAUUUUGGGCAAAACAAAGCACAUUUUGUGGCCUCAUUAAAUUGCGCAUUUUUUUUGCCAGUUUUUAUUCCAGUAACUUCGAGAGGAGAGAAAGCGUUUCCAUCACAAAAAAAAAAUAAUAAUAAUAACAUGACGAUAGUAUUGAAAAAGCAAAAAAAACAACAAAAAGCUUCUGGUGGCAAAAGAUUUGACGCCCACCGUGGGGCUCGAACCCACGACCACAAGGUUAAGAGCCUUGCGCUCUACCGACUGAGCUAGACGGGCUUCUGUCUAUUGGAAUAGUGUUUACAUAUAUGUUCUAUAGCUGGGGAAACCAGUGGUGUGAUUCUUCUUAACUAGUUAACUACAUUGGAGCAACACUACCUUCAACUCAUUCGAUUUCAUUGAUGGAUGAUCCUUAAAGCUUUGAUGAAAGUAUCUACACUGAUGAUAGCCACAUGAACACAAUAAUGUAUUGCUCCAUUAGUUGGUCUGAUGAUACUUGCAGGUCAACAGGGCACAAUAAUUUUAUAAACUAAUGAAUUGUAGCUGUUGAAUUGAAUCUAUCCCUGGUCGUGGGUAACGAAGCAGUCUCAAUAAUGAUAAUGACUUUUUAGAUUGUUUUAUGCUGAAAUCACCUUCUUUUGGCCUGAUCUCUUGGCAAAAUUUUACAUAGCCAUAACUCAUAAGCAUCCCAUGUGAAAAUGGACACUGUAAAACAGUAAUAACGUUGCCAAUCUUUUCUAGAACAGUAAUAUCGUUACCAAGAAUAGUUUGGUCCACAAAAAUAAUUCGUUUUGUUAUACUAAAACAUUAUACUCUCUCUG